GAAUCUCUUUACGUGUAAUCUUUUUGAGAAAAUCCAGAAGAAAAGAGCGUCGACAUAACCCUGACAUCCAGAAAAACAGACAAUAGAGGCUUUUUCCUUUAUUUCUUACAACAACUCUUUCUUGUGUCAACGCCUCAUCAAAAGAUGUGGCCAUUAUAUGUUCUAUUGAACAAGUUUUUGGGAACAGAAGAAGAUAACACCAAAGAAUCAGGAAGGGACCGUUUAAGUUUGGUAGAAUCCUUGCUCUUAAAAAAAUCAUUGGGUCGAGACAAAUUCCAUGGCACUCUGUCCGGCUCAUACUUUGUCGAUGUUCCACAUAUAAACCAACUACAUUCGUGGGACUGUGGUCUUGCUUGUGUUCUGAUGGUUUUGAGGACUCUUGGAAUCAAAUAUUGUAACAUGCAAGAAUUACAAGAGUUCUGCUGCACUACGAGUAUUUGGACAGUUGAUCUGGCAUAUUUAUUGAAGAAAUUUUCUGUCAAUUUUUCCUACUUCACAGUAACAUUAGGUGCAAAUCCAAGUUUUUCUGUGGAGACAUUUUACAAGGAACAACUGCCCAAUGAUCUUGUCCGAGUGGACAUGCUAUUUCAAAAAUCACGUGAUGCUGGUAUAAGUAUAGAGUGCAGAUCAAUCAGCAGCGAAGAGAUCUCUUUACUGAUCUUGUCUGGAAAUUUUCUUGUAAUUACUUUAGUUGAUCAGUACAAAUUAAGUCAUUCUUGGUUGGAUGUUUGUGCUUCAGAUUUAUGCAUCGACACUCCAGACUACACUGGUCAUUAUAUUGUCAUCUGUGGCUAUGACACUGACGCAGAUGAGUUUGAGAUUCGUGAUCCUGCCAGUUCAAGGACAUCCUAAGGAAUAUGGAGCGGAGCAGUGCAAAGUCCAAAUAUCACCUGACAGACAGAGGAUAGUGAUAUACGAUAUGUUACUUGGAUGGGGAAGGGUCCAUCAGAGAAAUAUCUUUUUCAAAGAGAUGAUCUUCUGAAGAGGUCCCAAAUACUUCCAAUUUUGUCUCCUAUACUCCAGCCAUGAUAUCCAGCAACGUGAGUCUCCUCAGCUUUGUGUAUAUCCAUUUACAUGGAGAUGACAGAAACAAUUCAUGGAAGCUUUAGGAAUAGCUAGAGGAACAUUAUAGUGUGUACUGAUUUUAGUUACUAAGGCACGUACCAAAAAGAGCUGUUGGAAAAUAAAAGGCUCAACUCAUCUGGCCAGUUUUGCACCAAGCAGUUAUUUAGAAUUAGUUCAAAUUAUCCUUGACGGGGCUACAGGGUGAGGAGGUGGAAUUUCUCUUAGUCCUAGCCCUGUCAAAAUGUUGGUAUAGUAGGCUGUAGCAGGAGAGUUAAUUUGGCAUUUCUUCAAUGUUUCAUCCUACACACCAAACUGUUAAAUCUAUUGGGGUGGUCUAAGUCAUUCCUGAGGGAACACAGACAUGUUGCAUGGUUCUAUUGAGCAGAUAUACUUUCUGUGAAGGUCCAUGGCAGCUAUUAAAUGUACUAGGUAAGAGAACAUGUAAUUUCUGAAUUUCUACCUGGAUAUUCCUGUAUCUUUUCUAUGACUAUUCUAGAAGAUGUAUGAUUUGUCUAAAGGAUGAAGGAGUCUUUUGUUUGUUUGAAUGGAACUCUUCUUCAGAAUCUAGACUUUAAAUUUGUUAUUUUCCUUGUCUUUGUGAUUUGAUUAACCCGCCCAAGAAAUUUAUUCUUAAUUUGGUGGUGUAGUAGGAAAGUGAGUAGCAAAUUUUAUCACUUAAUAGCAUGUUUAGAAAGCUAAGGCAAAUGGAUGAAUUUGGGGUUUUAUGUCAUCCAACAAAGCUGGAUUGGGAUGGAUAUCUCUCAUCUGCUAUAUGCAGAUGACUCUCUGAUUCUACGUGAUGUUGAAGUUGAUGAUUCGUACUGUCUUUGAAGCAGUCUCAGGCUACAUGUCAAUUGGAGGAAAAGUCUGACCUUUCUUAUCAACAUGGUACCUUAGAUUCAUUGGUUGGCAGGUCCUUGGCACGUGAAGUUGGUAGUAUGCCAACUACUUAUCUUGGCCUAGCACUGGGGGCCAAAAACAAAGCACUGGAGAUAUGGGUUGGUGUGAUUGAUAGAUCUAUUAAGAGACUCUCUAAGUGGAAGACUCAAUAUCUUUCACUUGGAAGCAGAGUGGUCCUAGUAAAAUAGUGUUUGAUUCUCUUCCAACUUAUGCGAUCCUUUUUCCCUCUACCAGUCAAGAUGGAAAGAAGGUUGGACACUCUCAGAAGGAAUUUCAUUUGGCAAGGAAACAAAAAGCUAUUCACUUGGUAAACUGGAAGACAGUCAUAUCAAGCAAAGCACUUGACGGUUUAGGCAUCAGAAAUUUGAGGCAACACAACAAAAGUCUCUUACUUAAGUAGCUGUGGAGAUAUAAUAAUUAGUACCUGGCUUUAUGGAGGAAGGUAAUUGAUUUUAAGUUUGAAAAAGUCUCCCAGUGAUGCACAAAGGUGGUGAAUCCCCUUAUGGUGUAAGCAAUUGGAGAUCAAUCUCUACACUAGGGCCUUAUUUUUUCUGCAGCACAGAAAUUCAGCUAGGAAAUGGUAGGUGGGCUGCCUUUUGGGAUGAUAACUGGAUAGGACGUGGUGGUGUUCAAAAUCGAACCGAAAUCGAUAAACCAAACCGAAAAAAAGUUACUGGUUUAUCGGUAAUGGGUUAUUGGUUUAGCGGUUUUGGUAAUGGUUUUAAUUUGUUUUGUUAUCCGGUUAUUGGUUCUUAACGGUUUAAGGUUUUUUCUUAACGGGUUAACCGAUAACUCGAUAGUAACUUAAUAAUUUAUAUUAAUUACCAUUCGGUAUAUGAAGGGGAGCCUUGGAGUAACUGGUAAAGUUGCUUCCAUGUGACCAGGAGGUCACGGGUUCAAGCCUUGGAAACAGCCUCUGGCAGAAAUGCAAGGUAAGACUGCGUACAAUAGACCCUUGUGGUCGGACCCUUCCCCGGACCCUGCGCAUAGCGGAAGCUUUAGU